UGUGGUGCUGCUGGGCCUCGCCGCUCACCCGACAGGUGACCUCACCGGUGCCUUAGAGUUCCCGUCUCUUCAGUCCCGCGCUUUUCACUGCGGCUGCUGCGCCAGCGCUCUGCUGGGGUUUUUCUUACUCUUGGCCACGGUCAGACUAAAACGCGGGCCGUCCGUCGAACUCUUCAGGGUCUGGGUGUUUUUGUCCAAGGUCAUUGCCAUGGCCCUCUCCCCUUUCAUCUUCAACAUGGACGGUAACGCCACGUCGCUGUUCUGUGUGGUCAUCAGCCACGUGGGCGAAGCUCUGCUGAUAUAUUCAGAGAAAGACUCACAACACUGACGAGAAAACGUCCGAUGUGUUAAACAAGUUUGCCUUUUUCACGUUUUUUUACUUCUCCGUACUCCGACAAUCUGCUGCAGAAUAAAAAAAACCUGCUUAUUUAUCGACGGCUGCUCUGUCUCGUUUGUGUUACAGUUUAGCUGCAAGAAAAAGCUGAAGGUAAUCUGAAAAUAGACUGAACAAGAGAAAUUACAUUUACUGUGAAAAUGCAGUGUGAAGGUUU